CCACAUGGUGACAGAGGUCAGAGGCUUCACUGACUCACAGAAGGAGGAGUACUUCAGGAAGAGGUUCAAAGAUAAGGAGCUGUCCAGCAGGAUCAUCUCCCACAUCAAGACCUCACGAAGCCUCCAUAUCAUGUGCCACAUCCCAGUCUUCUGCUGGAUCACUGCUACAGUUCUGGAGGAUGUGUUGAAAACCAGAGAGGGAGGAGAGCUGCCCACCACCCUGACUGAGAUGUACAUCCGCUUCCUGGUGGUUCAGACCAGAGUCAAGAAGGUCAAGUAUGAUGGAGGAGCUGAGACAGAUCCAGACUGGAGUCCAGAGACCAGAAUGAUGAUAGAGUAUUUGGGAAAACUGGCUUUUGAUCAGCUGCAGAAAGGAAACCUGAUCUUCUAUGAAUCAGACCUGACAGAGUGUGGCAUCAAUAUCAGAGCUGCCUCAGUUUACUCWGGAGUGUUCACCCAGAUCUUUCAAGAGGAGGGAGGACUGUACCAGAACCAGGUGUUCUGCUUUGUCCAUCUGAGUGUUCAGGAGUUUCUGGCUGCUCUUCAUGUCUAUUGGGUCUUCAUCAAGUCUGGAGACAACCUGAUGGAAGAACAACAAACAUCUUCUUUGUUGUCUAAAUUAUCAAAAAAAAUUAUACCAAAAGAUUUAUGUCGGAGUGCUGUAGAUAAGGCCUUGCAAAGUCUAAAUGGACACCUGGACUUGUUCCUCCGCUUCCUCCUUGGCCUUUCACUGCAGACCAAUCAGACUCUCCUAAGAGGCCUGCUGACACAGACAGGAAGUAGCUCACAGGACAAUCAGGAAAUGGUUCAGUACAUUAAAAAGAAAAUCAAAAAUAAUCAGUCUGCAGAGAAAAACAUCAACCUUUUCUACUGUCUGAAUGAACUGAAUGAUCGUUCUCUGGUAGAGGAGAUCCAACAGUCUCUGAAGUCAGGGAGUCUCUCCACAGAUAAACUGUCUCCUGCUCAGUGGUCGGCUUUGGCCUUCAUCUUACUGACAUCAGGAAAGGAUCUGGAGGUUUUUGAUCUGAAGAAAUAUUCUGCUUCAGAGGAGGUUCUUUUGAGGCUGCUGCCAGUGAUUAAAACUUCCAACAAAGCUGUACUUGCUGACUGUAACCUCUCAGAGAAGAGCUGUAAAGCGUUGACGUCAGUUCUCAGCUCCCAGUCUUCUAGUUUGAGAGAGCUGGACCUGAGUAACAACAACCUGCAGGAUUCAGGAGUGAAGGCYCUUUCCUCUGGAUUGAAGAGUCCACACUGCAAACUGGAAACUCUCAGACUUCAAUUCUGCAAGCUUUCAGGUAAAUCUUGUGAAGUGCUGUCAUCAGUUCUCCGCUCGCAGACCUGUGCUCUGAUGGAAGUUGACCUGCGCAACAACAACCUGCAGGGUUCAGAGAGGAAGAUGGUGCCUGGUGGACCAGAGAAAUCAAARGGGACUCUUGAAAUUUUCAGUGGGGGAUCUGCCGGAGUUCGAUGGUUGCAACCAGGACUGAGGAAAUAUUCACAUCAACCUAAAUUCGACAAAGACACYCUGAACAGAAACCUCAAACUGUUMGACAACAGGACAGUGGUUUAUGUGGAGGAGGUGCAGCCAUACUCUGAUCACCCAGACAGAUUUGAUUUUGAUCCUCAGCUUCUGUGUAAAGCUCCUCUGAGUGGUCGCUCUUACUGGGAGGUGCAGUGGAAUGGACAAGUAUCCAUAUGUGUGAGCUCCAGAGGAAUCCACAGGAGUGGAGACGGCAGAGACUGUGUGUUCGGAUGCAACUCUCACUCCUGGAGUCUGAGCUGCUCUGAUGAAGGUCGUUACUCUGCCUGGCACAAUAACAGAGAAACACCCAUCUGCUCCUCCUCUGUCUGUAACAGGGCAGCAGUUUAUGUUGACCUUCCUAACAAUGUUCUGUCUUUCUACGAUGUCUCCUCUGACUCUCUGAUCCACCUGCACACCUUCAACACCACGUUCACUGAACAAGUUUAUCCUGGGUUUGCCCUCCUGUCCUCUGGUUCCUCAGUGUCUCUGUGUUCAGAAUGAAGAGUCUUAUGGGGACCACUUGGUUAUUUCCUGUAAGGUUUGGGUUUGAUCAGUUCUGCUGCUUGACACCAGAUUUGUCUCGAACUUUUUAUUGAAUUGUUGCAUUUUUAGUGUAGCCUGAGUCUUUAGAUUGCAGGCUUCUGGCGUGUUAGUGCCUUUAAAAUGAAAUAAUAUUCAUUUAAAACAUCUUGUCUUACUCAGCACUUAGAUAUCAGUUUAUUUAUUAACCUGCCUCGUGUCAUGGGGGUUGGGUCUCGGUCCUCCACAGUCACUA